CAGGUAUAUAUCAGUUAAAUAUCAGUAUAUCUAUAGAAUCAUCAGUCAAUAUUUUACUGUGAAAUUGUCCUAUAUGCUGAUAAUUAUGAUCAGUGAUCAUGCACGAGAUGAAAUUUUUUGAAGAUUUUCAAUUUUUCAUUAGAUCGUAACACGUUAAAGUAUCCGCUACAAGUGCAAGAACAUAUAUAUUCGCAGCCACCGUUAUUACAACUUCCAGUAUCGUCCCACUGCUUUCUAACGCUCUGCGAAGUGUCAUUUUUUGUAACAGCAAUCACCCAUUAUUGCCAGAGUAGCGAGUCAUGAGUCGCGUAACAUUACCGCUGGUGAUAGGAACGCUGGCAGCGGUGGUGGGUAGCAUACUUCCAGCCGGCCAUUCGUUGGGCGUCAUCAAUACGCCAGAAAAGAUUAUACGCGCAUGGCUCGCCUCGAGCUACGUCGAUAGAGCCUGGGAUGUGAGCCCCGAGUUGGAAGUGGUUCUAUGGUCGACGGUUGUAGCAGCCUUUGUCGCAGGCGCUGCCCUCGGGGCAGCCGUCGCACCAAAGCUUGCCGACUGCGCUGGCAGACGCUUCUCUCUGUUCAUAACCCAAUUCAUCUGCACGGUAUCAGCAAUACUCUUCGGUGUGUGUUACCUACACGAGUACGUCGAGCUCAUGAUCCUGGGAAGAUUCGUUGCCGGACUCUCUGCUGGCAUGUCGACCUGCAUUGUGACGCUCUACAUCUCCGAAAUUUGCCCGCCUUCUUUGUCCGGCGUCUUCUCGGCCCUUGUGCCCCUGGGCUUUACACUGGGCAUGCUCAUCUCUUACAUAGAAGGAUUUCCCUCCGUUCUGGGCAAUGAGUGCAGCUGGAUAUACCUGAUGUGCGGCAGCCUACCCUACGUGGGAGCUGGCUUCUUUUUGCUGGUAUUCGCUCCUGAGUCUCCAACCUUCACGUACCUCUUCAACAAGGAGUUUGGCGAUGCAGUCAAAGAAUUGUGUAGUCUGCGUGGAACAUCUGAUGAAGCUGAGGUGGCUGGGGAGCUUGCGGCCCUGGAAAGCGCUGCUCAACGGUCCACCAACGCAGGCUCUUGGACGAUCAAAAAAAUCAUGGGCGAUUCAAGCUUACGGCGACUCCUGAUCUUCGUUUUCCUACUGAAUGUUGCUCAACAGCUGUCGGGUGUCAACGCGGUCUUCUACUACUCCACGCUGGUGUAUCGCAGCGCAGGGCUCCAGGGCCAGCAGGUCGUCGUAGCCACCUUCUGCAUCUUCCUGAUGAACGUCGUCAUGUCGGCCACGGCUUUGCCUCUUCUACGAUACUUUAGGAGAAGAGCUCUACUGACGGUUUCUAUGACUGGUACCAUAGCUUGCUUUAUCGUCCUCGUGGUGUCACUCUCAGUGGUACAAGAAUCUUCAGAUGAUAUCCCUUUGCUGGUGGCGUCUGUUGCUCCCGUUGAAGAAUCGAUCAAUUCAACAAAUAUGACUCGACAAAUAUUCAGAAACUCGAAUAUUGUCUUAGACACGAAAUAUCCUGGAAUGGCACCCAUUCAACCUGCUUCGCUUUUCAACAACUGCACGGUUGAGGAUCCUGUAACAAUUAGAAAUUUUUCUGCAAUGAAAACUUCCGAACCGAGUUCCAAUAAUAACGACCUACAGUUUGAAGAUCAAAUGACUGAACCCCAGCCUGAUGAAGGGGGUUGGGCCGGUGUUUGUGCGUUGGUGGCGACAGUCAUUUUCGUUCUCGCUUACGGUGUCGGCUUAGGGCCAGUGCCGUACUCAUAUGCUGCAGAAACGUUCCCGGACGGUCCGCGCAGUGUGGCGCUGGCGGUAGGCGGAACGGCGAACUGGGGAGGGAAUUUCUUGGUUGGUUUGUUGUUCCCGUUGAUCCAGCGACACAUGCAGCACUACUCAUUCCUGCUCUUCACGACCUUUACCCUUGUGCUGCUCAUCGUUUUUCAGUGGCUGCCAGAACCUAAAUCGUGCAAAAGUGGCCAAGAACUCGCCGAGCCUAACCCCGGGGAGAGCUCGGAACUAUUACCAUCUCGAUAAUUCCUAAAGCGGCAUUUAAUGCAGAAAAUAUUGUCUUCAAUGAUCACUAAGAAUGAUCGAGAUAUAAAUAAUGGAAUAAAUUUUUAACCAGUGUCAAUCAACCUCGUACAAAAUCAAAUAUUUUAGAUCGUUCUUUUGUGAUUCAAGAAACCUAAAAUUAUGCAACACGUCUGUAAAAGACACUGAAACUGAACUUAGAAAAAAUCAACUCAUUACUAACGACUAAGGAAUCUUAUACUUAUUUUUUACGUGCUGCAACACAUGGUGUUGGUAGCUAUGAUCAUGGUUGAAUUAAUUAAUAUGGUUGAAUGGAAUUAAUAUGCUUGAAUAUUAAUUCAACCAUGUCUAUGAUAUUCCUUCCUCUAAACCUCGUGUCUGUGCGCCUCAGUAGGGAGGGACAACUGGGAAGCAUUUUGAUUUUUCUCGCUUGAACUUUUGUGAGUUUGUAACUUGAGAUACGCAUAAAUAAUUUUAACUACAAUUAAAUCAUCAUAUUUGUUUAGUGAAAUAAUGUUAGGAAAUAGAGGCCAACUGACAUUCUAUAAAACAACACAAGGCCUUGAGGAGUCGGCGGUAUCCUGAAGAGCUUUUGCAUGACCUAAAAGGAAACGUUAUUAAAAUUAUUCUUAGACAAUUAUUUCA